AUGCAACUGGGCAGCUUGAGGUUGUGACUGUCUUCAGUGCGCCCAACUACUGCGACGCCUACAAAAACAUGGGUGCCAUCGUAUUCUACGACCAAGGCGUACAGGAAAUCAGCCAAUUCACAGCUGUCCGCCAUCCGUACGUUCUGAGUGGAUUCCAGGACGGAAUAACCUGGUCAUUUCCAUUUUUGGCUGAAAAAGUGCUCCAAUUCACUUUGGACCUGCUGAACCACGGAUCGAGUCUGAAGAGCUGCUCCUCGACGCAGAGCUCAAACAACGAGGAUAUCACGGACAUCUUUGCCUCGAUUAUCGGUGAUACGACUGAUCUGCUGCAGAAGGAGGACGAUUUGAUGAAGAAGGUUGUUUUGAUGAGGACUGAAAGGGAAUGCAUCGACGAGUUUGCUGAUGAGGAGUCAGCCGUAGAUUGUUGCAAUUUGGAAGCAAAGGAGAUGGACGACCUGAAUUUUGGAGAGGCCAAGGACCAGGACAGGGUGAACGAGGAGGCUGUUUCCACGCCCAAGUUGCAGUCGCAGCAGCUGACACUGAAUCUGUCGCCUUCUUUGGCCAAUUCAGCAAUCAUUGGCGUAGUCAAAGGCAACGAAGAUGUUGUGAUAAAAAAGAGUGAAGGAAUUGAAGAGAUUGUGAACUACAAAAUAGCAGAUGAUCAAAAUGGACUAAUUGAUCAAAAUAGGCAAAAUGAAUCAAAUAGGCAAAAUGAGCAAAAUGAAUCAAAUAAGCAAACCAGUACAAUCAAACAGAACAAGAGGAAACGUAGCCCAUGGUACUGUUUCUGGUGUGCGUAUUGA